CGUGCCUUUUUUUUUAAGCGCGAGGGCAUUUUUGUCAUUCUUCAACCUAUGUCAUUUUUAAUCCCUCCAUUAGUGCCAGAUGUUGAAUGUGUGCGCAUUAUUUCUCCCUCUGGUUGUUAAUAAUUUAAUUGCUUUUGUUCAACCAAAUGAGCUCAAUGGAUUUCGGUGCAGUGAAGGAUCCUUUGUUCCGCUGGAUAAUCUAUGUGACUUCGCUGAUCAAUGUGGGGACAAUAGUGAUGAGAGACUAUGCUUGUCUUAUGAACGAUGUGAUUUUGAGAGAGAUUUGUGUGGUAUGAUAUGUGAUGGCUGGCACAGAACCAAUGGUCUGGCAAACAUGGAUCCGUCAUAUGACCACAGAGCCAAUGAAACUGCUCAGUUUUUGGCAUUCUCAUCUCACAAAGACCCCAGUGAUCAUGCAGUUCUCAGAAGCAAGGAGUUCCUUCCAACACAGGAGCGUGCACCUUGUCAGUUGAGAUUUUUCUAUUUCAUCUCUGAUCUAAAUGGUACAUUAUCAGUGGGACUAGAAAGGAAGUCUCAAGAUUCCAUAACCGACAUUUGGAUACAGGAAUCCAGCGAAGAGAAUAUGUGGAGAAGGGCAGUCAUUACUAUCAGCAGCUCUGAAAAGUUCAAGGUUGUCAUCCAAGCUAAAGCUUUUGGGAAAGACAUAGCCUCUAAAACUAUCGCCAUCGAUGAUAUUUCAUUCAAUGAAGGAUGUUCCAGUGUUGUUGACUCCUUUCCUUCAUGUGACUUUGAUGAGAGCCUGUGUGGGUGGAACGUAAGAGCAUCAGCUGAGCAUGUUCCUUGGACAUGGAGAAGAGGAGGAACCAGUGUGUCACAAGAAACAGGCCGCUUCAUAUUUGUUGAAGGAAGUAACAAUACCCUGAACAGAAGCGCAUUUCUUGAGAGCUCUGUGAGCCGCAUCAGUGGCAGGUCCUGCCAAUUCCAAUUCAGCUACAUGACAGAGGAAGACAAUGGCUUUAGACUCCUGCUGUACAGUGAUGGGAAGGAAGAAACACUGUUUGAAACCUGGGAAUCAACACAAGGCAUCUGGGUUGUACAGAAAGUUUCUCUACCAGGAAACAUAAAGGAACUACAGCUUGCUUUCGAAGGAAUCAUACAAAGCCAAAGAGGAUCCAUUGCACUGGAUGAUGUCAGACUUAUUAGCUGUAUGGAUUUGCCCUUGAUGGGAAGCAACUCCCCAGAAGCACCCAGCGUUGCCGGAACACUCUGUAACAGUGCCAUCAAUUGUGAUGGAAGUGCUGAGGAUUCGGCUUGUUGCAGAAAUUUUAGCAGAUGUGACUUUGAGUCAGGCUUCUGUGACUGGAAACCACUAUCAGCAGAUGGCUGGACUUGGCACAUUACCAUGGGAAGAGACACAAAGGAUGAAACAUUGCCUAAUAAAGACCACACAACUAAAAGUGAGCAUGGACAUUUCCUGUAUUUUAGUGCACCUUCAAAGCAAGAAAACAAGUCUUCAUCACAGCUGGAAAGUUCUUUUUUUGUGAAACCGCUAAGCAUGGCAGCUGCCUGCAAGAUACAGUUUUGGUACCAGCUACGCCACACUUCCAAACUUUCCAUAUUCAGGAGGCCGUUAGGGUAUGCGGCAUUGCAGCUAGUAGGGGAGAUUUCAGGCCCAUCCACAAGCAACUGGACAAAGGCUACAAUAUAUGUGAGCAACUGUGCAGAGGAAACAAUGGACCCAGCUCGGAUUAUACUGGCAGCCUCACUUUUAUCUCCAAAUGCCACUGUUGCCAUCGAUGACAUCUGUUUAUCUCCAGAAUGUGUCACAGCAAGCAACUUUACUCCAGCUGCCAAAUGUGACUUUGAAACUGAUAACUGUGGCUGGUAUGAGAAGCAUAAUAGCGAUUCCUUUGAGUGGAUGCGACAAUCAAGAAUCAACGUUCCACCUCAGUAUGAGCAGCAAGCCCCACCUCGAGACCAUACCACCAAUAAAUCUGAAGGUCACUUUAUGUUUAUUUUGAAAAAGAAAAGUACAUUUUCACAGAUUGCAGAGUUAAGAAGCCCUAUAUUUAGCCAGGCGGGAUCCGGCUGCACAAUGACCUUCUGGUACUAUAACUACGGCUUGUCAGUUGGCGCAGCGGAAAUGCUUUUAAUACCAAACAGAGAAAAAAAGCCCACAGUACUUUGGAGAAUAUAUUACGACCAAGGAGAUGAAUGGUUAAAAGGCUUUAUUCAACUGGAUCGCCUGUCAGAACCUUUCCAGUUAUCUUUUAAUAAAAUCAAUGUUGGAUUUUAUGAUGGAGUAUCUGCAAUCGAUGACAUUAUGUUUGAGAAUUGCUCCCUUCCCCCCGCUGUGGAGCGCUGCUUUGGACCAGAACGUUUCUGGUGUAAAGAAACCAAGGCUUGCAUCAGUACUUUAUUAGUGUGUGAUCUUACGGAUGACUGUGGAGAUGGGUCUGAUGAGGAAAACUGUAAUUCUGAAUUACAAUGUAGCUUGGAAUCAGACCUGUGCAACUGGGUGCAAGAUUCGGAUGAUGAUUUUGACUGGACAAGAUAUCAAGGUCCAACUCCAACGCUUGAUACAGGGCCGAUGAAAGAUCAUACCUAUGGCACAGCAAAGGGACAUUACCUCUACAUUGAAAGUUCAGAACCUCAAGUUUACCAGAAUCAAGCUGUUCUGCUGAGUCCGGAAAUAGAUGCCCCUGUUAAUAACGGAAAUAAAACCUGUAUUUUCCGCUUCUAUUACCACAUGUUUGGGAAGCAAAUUUAUUCACUGGCAGUUUACAAAAGAAUCAUGAGGAAUACUAGGGGAAUACUACUGUGGCAAGCAUUUGGAAAUAAGGGAAACCGAUGGCUAAAAAAGACACUCUACAUCGACAGUAACCAACCAUUUCAGUUAAUGAUUGUCGGUACUGUUGGUGAUGGAUUUACUGGAGACAUUGGGAUUGACGACCUUUCAUUUUUAGGAUGCUCUCUAUACAGAGGUACUUUGCCUACGUGGUCUCCUGCUCCUGUAGAAACCCCAACCGUGGCAACACUUCCUAGCCAUAAUUGUUCAGCAAAUGAAUAUGUUUGCAGGUCAACGGGACAAUGCAUUCCGAUAAUAAAGAUAUGCGAUUUUAAGGCAGACUGUCCAGAUAACUCAGAUGAAGCUAAAUGUGCUUCAGAAUAUUGUAGUUUUGAAAAUGGAAGCAUGUGCCAGUGGUUUCAGCCAAAUUCAUCUCUGCGCAGAGAGACUGUAUUCCUAUGGGACAUUGGCAAAGGAAGCACAAUCCAUCCUGGAGAAGAAAAUCACAGGCCUCUUAGGGACCAUACCUUGGCUACAGAAGAAGGAUCCUAUUUGUAUGCAGAUAGUUCCAGUGGUGAGUUUGGUCACACAGCUCACAUCAUGACGCCUGUUAUUUCCCUUACUGGACCCAAAUGUAAACUUGCAUUCUGGACCUAUAUGAAUGGAGCCACAGUUGGAUCUUUGCAGGUUCUUAUUAAAUUUGGUAAUGUAACGUAUGAAGUUUGGUCUCAGAGUGGUAAGCAAGGCCCACAAUGGAAUCGAGCAGAAGUAUUUUUAGGAACAUUGUCUUAUUUCCAGAUUGUUCUUCGAGCAAAACGCGGUGUCAGUUACAUUGGAGAUGUAACCGUGGAUGAUAUAUCAUUUGAAAAUUGUUCCCCAAUGCCGACUCCUAGUAAGGCUUGUUUAGCGGAUGAAUUUAUGUGUUCCAACAAAUACUGUAUUCCAAAGGACAACCUGUGUGAUUAUGUUAAUGACUGCGCUGACAACUCUGAUGAAUACCCUUUCCUCUGCAACGCCUUCCUUGGCCGCUGUGACUUUGAAUUUGAUUUCUGCGACUGGAGACAAAACCAAAAUGAUGACUUUGACUGGAAUCUUCGAGCCGGAAGCACUCCAACUGUUGGCACCGGACCAGUUACUGAUCAUACCUUAAAAAAUCCAUCUGGAUAUUAUAUCUUUAUAGAGAGCUCAUUCCCACACCUCCCAACACAAGGAGCAAAGAUUUCUGGACCGAUGAUAAGCAGAUGGAGCAAAAACUGCAAGCUCCUGUUCUAUUUCCAUAUGUUUGGCGGCGGCAUUGGAACACUUUCUGUGUGGCAAAUGACUCUGUCCAACAAGGAAAUAUUGUUGCUGAAGCUUACAGGAGACCAGGGCAACUUCUGGCAGAAAAGAGAACUUACCCUUUCCAGCCUAGGAGAAGACUACUAUGUUGAAUUUCACGCCAAAAUUGGAAUAAAUCAAAGAGGAGAUAUUGCUCUGGAUGAUAUAGCCUUUACUAAUGAGUGUUUUAAACCACCUGCUCUAAUUGCAGAAUCGUACAAUAAUAUGCCUCAAACAGAACUAUGUCCUCCGAGUUAUUUAAGUUGUAACAAUGGAAAGUGCUUCAGGCCAGAACAAAGAUGCAACUUUAUUGAUGACUGUGGGGAUAAUACAGAUGAAAAUGACUGUGGCACCUCCUGCACAUUUGAAGAAGGCAUAUGUGGCUGGAAAAAUUCAGUAGCUGACAGCUUUGACUGGGUUUUAGGGAAACAUUCUAUUCAGGCUCUAAGACCGCCCAGAGACCACACUAUUGGAAAUGAAGAGGGUCACUUCUUGUUCCUUGAAUCAUCCCCAGUUGGAUUACGAGGGGAAAAAGCCCAUCUGAAAAGUUCAAAAUGGAGAGAGUCUGGUGCUAAUUGUACAUUGGUAUUUUGGUAUUUUAUGUCCCCCAAAGCAACAGGAAUAAUACAAGUUCUUAUCAAGACGGAAAAUGCACUUUCAAAACUGUGGAGUGAGUCUGAAAUGCAAGAUGUGAAAUGGAAUAAAGUGGAGUUAUACCUUGGAAAGUUGAGAAGUUUUGAAGUGAUUUUCGAAGGCAUUCGCACACGAGAUUUUGGAGGCGGAGCAGCACUUGAUGACAUUGAAUUCAGAAACUGUUCCAUUCUUGGAGAAGAGCCUGGGAAAUGCCUCACAGAUACAGAUUUUAGAUGCAGAAACAAGAAGUGCAUUGAAUCCCACCUUGUCUGUGACUACAAACCAGACUGUGAGGACCUCUCCGAUGAGACCAAUUGCAGCGAAUACACCAGCGUGCCUGGAAGCUGCAAUUUUGAAUACACUGAAGACAACAACCCAUUGGAAUGCGGCCUCACACAAGAUCAAGAUGAUGACUUUGAUUGGAGUAGGGGAGACAGGGGCAUGAUUGGCCUAAAUACAGAUCACACACCAGGCAGUGGGAAACAUUUCCUCUUUAUCAACUCAUCUCUGCAGCAAGAAGGAGACAUUGCGAGAAUAUUGACGAGUAACGAUUUUCUGGUCACAAACGGGACCUGUCGGAUACGCUUUUGGUACUACAUCCAGGGGCCACCUGAUUCGAGCACACUCAAGCUGUAUAUAGUUACCAACCAUGGAUUGAACUUUCUGUACUGGUCAGCGGCUGAAAACACCAACAUGAGAUGGACGUAUGCCAAUGUCAUUCUAUCCAGUAACAGCCCAUACAGGGUGGCAUUCGAAGCUCAUGUAGGAGGGGAGCAGCUUUUUGACAUUGCGCUUGAUGAUAUCUCCUUUACCCCAGACUGUAAUAUGGGAGGACCCACAAUACCACAACUUGAAUGUCCCAAGGACCAGUUUACUUGUGCCUAUGUAAAGGAGUGUGUUGCUAUUGAUGCAAAAUGCAAUGGAAUAGAAGACUGCACAGAUGGAUCCGAUGAAUUCAGUUGUCCUACUGUGAUUCCUACGGUGACGUCCACGCAGUGCGAAAAAACAGAAAUGCAAUGUGCCGACAGAAAAUGCCUGCCAGCCAUGAUGUGGUGUGAUGGCGUGCCUGAUUGCCCAAUGGGGGAAGAUGAACACAACUGCACUUCUGAUGUUUGCCUCGGCUCAGGCUCCCUUCUGUGCCUUCCCACUAACACCUGCAUACACGUAAGCCAACGUUGUGAUGGCAAGCCUGACUGCCCUUACUUCAAUGCCGAUGAGUCCAGCUGCAAAGUUUGUCCAAAUGGAUAUUGCAAGAAUGCAGGCGUAUGCAUCUUGGAAAAUGACGUUCCAUUGUGCAGGUGUCCAAAACAGUGGAAAGGAAACCGUUGCCACCUUAGUGCAAUAAAAGUGCCUCCUAAAACAACAGAGGAUAAUGACAGUGGUGUAUGGAUUGGUAUGGGCAUUGGACUAACAUGUUUAUUCGCUGAGCUACUUGUCGCCUUCUUGUGCUGCUUUUGUAAGAGAAAACAAAAAGAAAAUAUUGGCAGUGGCUUCUCAAACCCAGUUUAUGGAGGGAACAUCACAUCACAGAAAGAGAUUAAUGAUCCUGUUUGCUCAAAAGUCCAAGUCAGUGUCUAUCCUUGGAAAACAUCCCAAGAGCAAUUUAACAAGGAGUCAGACAUCUGCUCAUUCGCCAACCCUCUCUAUGGCAAGAAAGAAGACAGCAUGUAAUUUAGAUGUCAGGAUAAUUUUACAGACUUCCCUGUGUAAAACUUUCAGAAGACAAAUUCUAAUAUCAUUUACAAUUAAUGUAAAUACCACCUGCUCCCAACCACUCAAAGCAGGUACUGCGCUGCCUCUAAUUAUAUGGGAAAUGCAUUCAGCCCCUGUGCGGCAGAACCUGUGCCAUUAUUAUCCCCCUCAAAUACCCUACAAAUAGUUUGUUUCUAUAUAGAUAUGUUUUACCUGCCCCCACCACUGCACCCCAUGUUUCAAUAACAAUAAAUAAAACAAUGGAAAUUCAGAAUUGCUGCUGCUUUCUACUUAUUC